UUCCUCAUGUGGCUGCCAUUAGAUACAUCAUAGUCAGAGAAGAAAGCCACAAAACAUUUCAAGAAAAAGGAGACUCAGAGAAGAAACCAAACAUAUUUUCAUUUUCCUCUUCUUAGUUUUAACAAAUGGCAACCACUGCAAUCACCACUCUUCCCCAAUUCACUGGUCUCAGACCCCAAUUCUCAGCUGCCCCUGUGCAGAACUUGGUUGCUGUCCAACCCUUGAGGCGCAAGGGAAAGGGUGGUUUGGGAGUUCGAUGUGACUACAUUGGUUCAUCCACUAAUCUGAUCAUGGUGGCUUCUACAAGCCUGAUGCUGUUUGCUGGAAGGUUUGGAUUGGCUCCAUCAGCAAACAGGAAAGCGACUGCAGGGCUAAAGCUGGAGGUGAGGGACUCAGGGUUGCAGACUGGUGAUCCUGCUGGUUUCACUCUUGCAGACACCUUGGCCUGUGGUACUGUUGGCCACAUCAUUGGGGUUGGGAUUGUUCUUGGUCUCAAGAACAUUGGUGCAAUUUAAACAUUCCCUUCACUGAAUCUGUAAUCAAUUACUCAUCUACUUUAUUUUCCCUCUUCUUUCUCAACCUUAA